GUAGAUUCUUGCCCCCGCGGGUAUCCACAACUCGCUGCCUUCCUCGACAGUGAUGAGUGCUUCUCUGUCUACCGCCGUUUUGGAUUUCUUCAAUCGCGGCUCCUGCUUGACAAGCAGGAAACGCUCCGCGGGCUUGAAGAAGCACUCGACAAGCUCGAUAAGAGAGAAGCAAAAGCAGAUCUUAAGCGGCCAAUGACUACGGAUCUGCCUCAUAAGGAAGUAGAGCCACGGCGAAAGUUGCUUGCGGCUAUCGAAGGGGAGUUCACUGCUUAUGCAAAUCUUCUCGACACAGCAGCCAAAAUGAUGGCUCUGAAUCACCCCUCAAGAGCCGAUUUCCAAAGCGUACAAAACUACAUGGACAACCGCCAACCACUCCUUGAGGCUGAAGCUAGCUGGGUCCGCAAAAAGGAAGACUUAAUCACACUCCGAGUUGGCCGCGAGCACGCGUGGCUAGAUUCAGGUAUUGAAAAGCUUCUAAAAUCUGUGCUAUACUUGUUUACUCGCGCGAAAAGGCAUGAGAUUCUUGCUGCAGCUGCUGCGUAUUGCGCUGUGCUGGUGGUGUUUCUUGGGAACGUUGGCCCGGCGGGGAAUUGA